UCCAGAGCACACUUCCACCCUACAACUACAUGCUUCCUCACAUUUCUAGCGCUACUGGGCUUCACGAAAGCGGUCGCAGAGUCUGCAGCUAGUACCACACUUUGAACGAUAUCGGAAAAGGGCCACGUACGAUCGGACACAUAUUGUUCGCCCUGAGAGAGUCAAGUUCGAGCAGUCUGCAUACGAGAUGGUCACCACGACGUCGCUUUGGCUUUUGACUUUCCUCUUCGCCGUACAUCUGGCGUCAGCAGCGGAUGACGAGGGUGACGAGGGGAUGACGAGGGUGACAGCGGUGACGAUGGAUGACGCGGGGGACGAGAGAAAUGAGACCUCACCGGCCAUGAGUCCCGAGCCGUUCAACGGAUCAACCAGCAAGGUGACAGAGGUGACCUGGAACGUGAAAGGGAUUAAUUAUCUAAUUAGUAGAGCGGAGAAGUCAUCCCCAAGGAGCAUGAGAUACCUCUACUCCAGCAAGUCCUUUGUAUUGAACGGGUACACUGCGUACAUGACCUUCGAGGCAUGGAACAGCGGAGACGGUGUCUGGCUGGAAUUGUUUUUUGGCCUGUGCAAAGGCACUGCUGACGAUUUCCUCGCAUGGCCCUUCAGGACGCCCUUCACUCUCACCCUCUUACACCCAACGACGAGUAGGAUGGACAUCUCGCAGACAUUCUCCGCAUUUUCAACUGCCACGUUCCCAAACUUCAAGAGACCAGAAGAGGGUUGCAACGAACUGUAUGGAUUCCACGAGAUGAUAACAGCAUCGGAAGCUAAAAACCGAAGCUACAUAGUGGACGAUGCGGUUUCUGUUCGUGUUCAGCUCAAGCAGUAGAUCAAGACAAGAGCGAUGAUUCCACGUUUGGUUACUCCACCGCUAGCUGGGCGGUAACAUCUCAUUACGGCCGAAGGUAUAGUCUCACUUCAGCCAAAGAUGUUUCAUCACGGCCAAAAAGAAAAAAGUAGCGUCCACCACAUUAGCAACCGUAAUGGGACAUCGGCCGUAAUGAGAGUUCGGCCGUAAUGAUAUACAAUCAGCUGGGCUACCCGUUCUUUUUUCCUUACGCGCUCAUGCGAGCUGGCAUUUGGACAGUUACUUGCUUUCUUUGCUUUCUUUCUUUCUUUCCUGUGCUAUGCGAAGUUAGUCCUCGAACUACGAACUGUCGGCGAGCGAACUCCCUCGUUCCAUUAGCGGCAUACCACGUGUAGACAAAUAAAUAACCACCUUACUUAA